AUUUGGCAGCAAGGAGAGAGCAUGCUGUGGUGGAUCGACUGAAGUAGGCAGUAUAGGCGCAUCUCGAUUGAGCUGUUGGUGACGAUCUGCAGAGGAUGAGGACAUUGUUGUCUGUGAUCUAGGAGACAAAGCAAGGUCAGUCGGAGAAGAAAAAGUUGCAAACUCUUUAAUCGGCAAGGUUUUGUCCACAAAACCGGUUAGUAGGGAUGGCUUUAUUUCAACUAUGAACUACGUCUGGAAAACAAAAGAUCCAGUAAUUGUGGAAUAUCUGGAUAUUAAUAUUUUUGUUAUACACUUUAGGUCACAAGCUGAUAAGAGAAGAGUUAUGGCUGGGGGUCCCUGGAAUUACUUAGACUGCUUAAUCGUUUUGGAGAGUCCUGAAGGAAUUUGGGAUCACACGAGUAUGGCUUUUGAUAAAACUGAUUUCUGGAUUCAAAUCCACAACCUACCUAUUAUCUGUCUCAAUAGGGAAGCCGGUUUGAAUUUGGGAUCUCAGAUUGGAGAAGUAAUCGAAGUAGAUCCUGGAGCAUCAGGGGAUUGCCUUGGUAAAUAUAUGAGGGUGAGGGUAACAGUUGACAUUACCAAACCUUUGAAGAGGGGGCUAAAGGUCAAAGUGAACUCUGAAGGAGCUAUUGUUAUGGCGUUACUCAGAUAUGAACGACUGCCGGAGUUCUGUUUUAAAUGUGGUAUUAUCGGACAUCCCCUACUUGAGUGUGAUGUGAAUUUAAACUCUAAAGUUAACGUGUAUAAGUAUAAUGAGCUGAUUAGAGCUGGGCCGAUCGGUGUGCUGAGAAAUAAAGGGAAGAAACCCCGCUCAAAUGCAAAUAGUGACGACGGCGGCAGUGAUGGAGGAGCUGGCUCAGCUACUCAGAUGAAGAUAACGGAGCAGGCGGCUGAAAUCUCUACCAUGGACUCAAGGAGUAAACGACUGAGAAGCAUGGCCGGAAGUCAGGCUGAGGACGGUGGAGGGAGAAAAUCAGUUCCGACGAUGGCGGAGAGAGGGAAUCUUCAAACUAAAUCAACCAAUUUGGUAGAUAGAGAGAAUCGUGGAGUAAAUAUCGUACUGCCUAUUUUGAAUAAGGAAAUGGAGGGUGAUAAGGCAUGUGCAAAUGGGAAAUCUGCCGAUAAUGAAGGAAUUAAGUUGGUUAGUGAAGAUUUGAUUGAGAUUGAGGUGGGUAAGGUAACAGAAAUAAAAGGAAAGGAAAUUAUGGCACAAUCUAAUUUUCCUUUUCAAAAAUAUGAUAUUGAAAAAAUGGGCUAUUUGGGAUCAAGGCCCAGGAUAGGAAAGAAAGGGCUUAAGGCAACUAUUACAACUAUAAGCCCAAAAAAGAAAAUAGGGAAGAGUUCAAGGAAGAAAAUGCUAGGAGUAACUCCCAUUAACGGCUGUUUUGGUGAAACUGAGGCUCUGAUUUUGCGAAGCUUUGAAGGAAAAGAAGGUGAUUCUUCUAACUAUGAACCAACGGAAAAUCAAUGGAUUAAUGAGAAAAAUGUUCCUGUGGUUGUUGUUUCAACGGUGAAUUCUGCGAUGCAGGACCACCUAGAUCAUUGAUCAUUAGGCAUGGAACGUUCAGAGAUUAGACUCUACUAGAACGUUCCGAAAACUGUGCGAGCAUGUUAAUAAAAUCAAGUCUAAUAUUAUUUGGGUGACCCAUUUGGUGGUUAGUAAAACCCUAGUCGAUGACUGUAUUUAUACAGCUCUCAUCAUCUCUAUUAGAAUAGUUCACUCAAUAUGUUGAGGAAUCAUUCUUCUUUGUAAUUUUUAUUAUUUUAAUGAAAAUUUUAGCCUUCGAGAAAAAAAAAAAAAAAGGUUGCCGUGUCAUCGUAACUAUGAAUAUUAUCAUUUCUCAUAGGUUAACAGUAAGAGUUGAUUAUGCUAUCAUUCCAAAAUUAGGUCAAAAUUAUAGUGUCUUUUUUUUUUUGUAAAUUUUAAAAAAAUUCUGUUUCUUUCUUAUUUUUUGGUAUUUGAUAAUUAAACUCUUUUCCGGGGUUUAAUGAAAAAAAAAAUUAAAAAUAAUAGGGGAGAGGGAGUAAAUUUUCUUAAAUUUGGCUACACAAUAGUAAUUUCAACAUAAAUUAGGAGGGUAGUAGUAAUUAAUCUAAAAAAAGUAAUCAUUGAAAACAGAGUCUCAAUCGAUUAGGGUUGUCCAUCCAUUCUAACCAAACUGCAAUGUUGCUAUUUAUAGAAAAAACCGAAUUGAAUCAAGUUUUCAAAGAUGUAAAAAAUUUCAAACCAAACCCAUCGGUUUGGUUAAGUUUUUCAAUUUUGUUUGGUUGUUUUGGUUUGAUGAUCACUAAAAUUUGACUCAAAAUUUCUUAUGCUUAAAACUGAACCAAACUGAAAAAACUAAAUACUUUUUACAGUGUCAAACUAAACCAAGCUAAUUUUUCGGUUCGAUUUGAUCUAGUUUUUGCACACUUCUAAUGUUGAUUUAUUGCACCAAAAUAGAAAGGGAAAAGAAGAAGACUCACAUUUAAAAUUUUUGGAGAAUGUAGGGCAAUUUGAUUGCUAAUCAAGUGAUUAUCAAUAUCAUCACUGAAAUUAAACUCAACAGUAAGUAAUCCUUUGUUCAUCACCGAAUGAAUCCAUUUCUAAUAAGCUGCAAUUCUGCACAUCAAUCAGCAUAACACAACUAGGUAUAAAAAUACAUUUUACUUUUAAAGCUUAAGUAAAACUCAUAGGUUGAAUUACCAAAUAAAAAUAAAUUAUCAAAGAUAGAACACAAAACCAUCAAGGUACUAGAUACCUGUUCAAUCUUCUACCAAUUGAAAUAGGUUUAAAUUUUUAUUUAUAUGCUAAUGAUACUUAAACUUUUUUUAUUAUUAAAAUGGCAAAAAAACUGAAAACCCCUCCACUUUUGAAUUUUUUUUCAAUUCCACCACCACCUUAGAGAAUUGUCAAUUGCACCCUAUUUGGGGUUUUCAGUUUUCACCUCUACCCUAAUUCAUUAAAUUGACCUCUUUGCCUUUGUAAAAAAGUUUAAAAUAAUCCUUCAUUUUUAGACUAUAUACUAAUUAAAUGUUAAUGUUAUUAAUAAUAUAAAAAAACCUUCUUCUUUAUAAAAUUCAACAAUUAAUAAUUUUUUUAUUUUCUUAAUUUAUAUUAAUUAUGAAUAACUUUUAAAAUUAAAAACCGUAAAUUUUUAAUCGAAAAAAAAUAAUUAAAAAUCUUAAAAUUUAACAAAGAAUAUUUUUUCAAAAAAAUUAAAAAAUCGUAAAAAAAUACCUUCACACAAAAUGAAGGCA